ACUGUAUUCGCCCACCUAGCCCGAAUAUUUGCCGUGAUAAAUCUCCGGACGGACUAAAACCCUAAAUAUCAAUCGGAAGAAACCGAUAAUCAUAACCCUUUUGUUCCCCCAAAAUGCGUUCAUCUUCUCGAGCCCUGAUCAAUUUUUCCAAGAAAAGCACUUGGAACCCAAAUUUGUUCUUCCCCUUCUCUUCUUCCGAUCACAGUCCUCGUAACUGCGAUUUGACUCUGUUACAGUCCCGAUCCAUCUUCUCCACGACCCAGCUUAAUGGUUCGUGGAUGGACAAGAUCAAGGGAGUCAUCACUGGGAAGAAAAGCCCUUCCGAUGGAACCGACAUCAGCUCCGAGUCCUUUACUCUCCUCCGGUUUGCUGAUGAGUUGAAAAAUGCCCGAAGAGUGGGAGCAUUUAAGCAAUAUAUAGUGGGAAGAAGUAGUGAAGCAACUUUUGCAGAUGCUUUUGAGAAGCAGGAAGCAAUUAUUCGCUAUUUGGGAGGUUUUGAUCCUACUGGAGAGAACAUCCAAACCAGCCAAAAGCAAGAAGCAGCAAAAAAAUGUAACUGUACGAUCGCUGAUGUUGAGAAUGUGCUGGCGAAGUUUAUGUGGGCUAAGCAAGCACAAACGAAGAUCGAGAAGUUAAAGGCAGAAGGAAAACCUUUGCCGACGAGCAUUGCUGAGGUCCAGAAACUGGUGGGUUCAAAUCCAUUGGAUCUUGCUAGGUCAAAUUUGGCUAAGAGUGGCCAGAUGAGCCGGAAUGCUCUCUGUCCUUGCGGUUCAAAGAAGAGAUAUAAACGGUGCUGCGGGAAGGAUCAAACUGUAUAAGAAGAGAACUUGCAUGUGCCUUUAUUUUCUUAGCAUGAAUAAUUGACAAUGUAUAAGAAAUCUGUUGGUCUUUUCUGGUUUCAGGAUUUUGAUAUGUUGAGAUUCUUUUUUCAGUGGCUGGAUGACUUUUCUUUAAUGCAUCAAAUCCACUUCUUUUAUUAAAA